AUGGAGCUGUACGGCGUUGCAGUGGAGUAUGAGACGUUGGCCUUUGAAUUGGCCCAAGAGAUGCUCGCAGAGGGGUCCUCUGAGGUUUCCCUAGUGCAGUACUACCGUUUGAUUGAGAUGGCCGUCAGGACGCUUGUCGCGUUGAAGCAGCGGGGCACACUGUCGUUGGAGCAGGACUGUGACGUGACGUGGCGGCUGGCGCGGCUUCUUGUGAACGAGACGUGGGACCUGGAUCUUGCGGAGACGUACCUUUCGUCGCUUAGGGAGAGGAUUAUCAGCAAUGGGAGGUUCAUUGACAAUUUGAACGCGAGGCUCGUAUGCGAGUACUGGCUUCUGUAUGAGAUCCCAUUGAGAAGAGACGACAAGUUCCACUGCAAAAUUGCACUUAGAGGGUGUUUUGCGCUUCUCGAAGGGUUGGACACGAAAUCGAACAUGUACAGUCUGUUCAAGUUCAUUGCGGCGGCCCUCAAUCUUAAGAUGAAGAAGUAUAGGCGUGCCCAGUUGCAACUGGAAGAACUGGUUUUAAUUAUUGAAGAGCAUGACGCGUCGAGGAGGGAUUGGUACGCGUUUGUGCUGCUGCGGUACGUCAAUUUGAUGCUGGAAAGACGAACUCCACUAACGCCAGCUACUAAACAGAGACUCGCAGCAUUGAAAUGCGACGAGAUCGGCCCGCAAUUAUACGUUUGGAAACUUUUCUUGGAGUUGACAAUCCAGAUAUACAAGGACGCCAAUAUAACGGACGAGCUGAACAAGUUCAAGACGUUUUUCCAAAGUUACAAGACAGAGUUGAAGACGGCGGAUCGAUACUCCAUCAAAUUCAAUGAGUUUAUAUCCAUGCAAGUGCAACUGUCGACGAUAUCCCAGUACAGGGACGUGAAGAACGUUUUGCUACUGAUGCAAAGUGUCAGCUACCUGGUGAACUGCUACGAUCCAAGGGCGAACUUCUCGACAAAGUUCUUACCCAAGGUCAAAGCCACGACAGGGCAAUUAAUCAAAACAAUGGCUGAUGGUGCGAUGCCACAAUCACUGAGCCACUGGGACACGAAGUCCGCAUGGUAUAAUGAUAUUUUGUACUACUGCGAUUUUUACACCAUGUGGGAACAUAUGUUGUUGGGAUCGUCGAUUGAAACGCAACAGCCCAAGGAUACCAAGUUUUGGAUUUACAACGAGUUGUUAAACGCUAUUAAUGGACAGUCAGGCUUAAGUGAUUGCGAAGGUGCGAGCGAUUGCCUUGCGAAAUACAGCGCGGUUUUGGCAAAGGGACAAAGUGCAAAGAGAUCUGCACCAAACGAGGUCAAGAUCAUUUGUCUCUUGAACCAGUUUACAGUGUUAGCAUCUCAAGUGAGCCAAAACGAGGGAGUGCAGGAUGGCAUUACACAAUGUGGUGAAAAAUGGGCCCAAAUAGCGGAGUUAAUGAGGGAGACGGAUUUGGAGGGCAACAAUGUAUGGGACUGUACCAUCGCGAUUGUCUGGAUCAUAUCGCAUUUCGAGCCGUUCACGUGGAACCCAUUACCGAGUACGAACGAGGAGAAAAGCGUUUAUAUGAACAAGCUGAACGAGUACUACUCUGCGAACAAGAUGGUUAACAUGGAGCACGCGGUGGCCGGUGGUGAGCGGUUUCAGUUGAAGAAGAGUCUACUGUUACAGAUAUUAUUGAAUUACCUGGGUGGGAGAAUCAUCGAGACUGAGACAGAAUUGAUCACAGAAAUUUCAGCGACUUGUUUCAAGCUUGCACGGCGACACAAUAUGGCAGCCAUAAGCUACGUUGUGGGGCUGUGGCAUCUGAUGAAUUGCACCAUUUCGAUGAAACCGAAAGAGGUGACGUACACAACGGCCAAAUUGGAGGCCAUUGUGAGAGAGAUGAAAGCCUGA